UUUAUGUCCCGCCUGAAGAAGUCACUAAUUCUCGCGAGACUUUCCGAGACCAGCCUUCAGCUGUAGGUCAGGCAGCUGCAACAUGGCGGAGGAGCGCGGCCGGAAGUGGGACCGGUGUCUCGCGGACAGCGCUGUCAAAUUAGUAACGGGGCUCAGCGUCGGCGCUCUGUUCUCUGUCCUGCUUUUCAAACGACGUACAUGGCCCAUAGCGUUCGGAGCAGGAAUGGGGAUCGGCAUGGCGUGUUCUAACUGCCAACACGACUUCAGAUCACCGUACCUGCUACACGGACACGUGGUGAAGGAUCAGUAGAUGAAUCCUGUCUCCAGUUCUGCUGCGUCUGACUCCAGGCAGUGUGUGUGUGUGUGUGUGUGUGUGUGUGUGUGUAAUG